AUGAGCCAGCUGCGGGCCACGAAGCCCGGACUCCUCGUGUGCACAGCUGUGUGCGUGUGCGUUUUUCUUUAUUUAAGGGAUCCACCUCCGGAGGAACCAGAGGAGUCCACCUAUCCAGCAGCGGUGGAAUGUGGCUUUUAUCCAGAUGAACUGUGUUCAGCUUUAUUUGAAGGGAAAGAGGCCGCCCCCCAAAUUGCAACUUUUUGUAAAAACCCUCAUGGUUCUCAAAUACUUGCUCCCUUGCGCACACCAGGAAACUGCUCCAGGAUUUCCCAGGAGGUGCAUCUCAUAACCAGACCCUUGUCUGCAGAAGAGGGCAAUUUCUCUUUGGCAUAUAUCGUAACUACUCACAAGGACCUGGCUGUGUUUGUGCAGCUGCUCAGGUCUAUUUAUGUGCCUCAAAACCUUUACUGUAUUCAUGUGGACAAAAAGGCCCCCAAGAAGUAUAAGAGUGCUGUGCAAACCCUGGUGAACUGUUUUGAAAAUAUUUUUAUUUCAUCAAAGAGAGGAAGAGUGGCUCACACUGGCUUUACAAGACUGCAGGCAGACCUUACUUGUAUGAGAGAUCUGGUCCGUUCCAAAUUUCAGUGGAACUAUGUCCUUAACCUUUGUGGACACGACUUUCCAAUCAAAACCAACAAAGAAAUCAUACGCUACAUCAGGAGCAAAUGGACUGAUAAAAACAUCACUCCUGGAGUAAUGCAACCACCACACGUUGCAUCCGAGACAAGUGGAAGUCGUCUUGAAUUCACCCCUGAAGGAAGUACCUACGGAUCUCCAAACAGGAGAUUCAAAGAUGAACCACCCCAUAACUUAACAAUUUAUUUUGGAAGCGCUUACUACGUACUAACGAGGAAGUUUGUAGAAUUUGUACUGACGGACAUCCGCGCAAAAGACCUGCUCCAGUGGUCCAGAGACAUCCAGAGCCCAGAACAGCAUUACUGGGUGACUCUGAACCGACUGAAAGAUGCCCCGGGAGCCACACCUGACGCUGGCUGGGAAGGAGACAUUCGAGCCAUUAAAUGGAGGAACGAGGAGGGAAGUGUUCACGACGGAUGUAAAGGGCGCUACGUCCACGAGAGCUGCGUGUAUGGACCAGGAGACCUGCCGUGGAUCAUUCGGUCGCCUUCUCUGUUUGCCAGCAAAGUGGACUCGACAGACCCCCUGGUGGUCACGUGCCUGGAGAGGCGGCACAGGCUCCAGGCGCUGCGGCAGGCAGAGGUCCCUGCAGAGCCACACUGGCGCUUUCAACAGGAGAGUCAUUUUAACACGACACGGAGCCGCUGAGCUGGACAUUUGGAAGCGUCUGUGCUCUUACUGGCAUCGCCAUGUCCCUGACUUGUGAUAAGAGAACACUAACCAAAGAAGAAAGAAUGAGAACUGGUUCCUUGGUACAAGCUAGCCCUAAAGUGAACUCAGAGAUACGCUAUUGACAAGACUUUCCUAUAAAUCACAGGCCGCUCUUACGGCUUCGAGGAAGAAAUCACGAGAGGAAAGGUAUUGCUCAAGGUACCGCUGGGGGCUCCUGGAUCAGCCAAGUGAGGUCGGACUGCCUCAGUAAAUAGCUGCUGCAAAUCGAAGCCUCGAGUUAGAAUAAAAACAGAUCUUGCUUUGAAGAUAUUACCGUGUAUGAGAUUCUAGUCAAGAGCCAACUCUCACUGAAAACAAAACUCUGCUGAUCUAAA